AUGGGCGACAGCGUGCUGGAGCCGAGGCCGUCGCACACCCCGCGCUGGGCCCCGAAAGAGUUCCGUGAGCCGCCGGGCGAGCCGCCGCUCGACACGCGUGAGCGUGAAGAGGCGGCGGCGACCGCGACUGCGCUCGCAGCGGGAUUCGACGGGCGCCGCGCGCGGCGGUUUUUGCAGCGACGUACCGUCGACUACUGGGGUACGGUUCCCAAGUAUGCCCACGCACGCGCGACACGCGCAAGCGCACGCAACGAUGUGUUUCUGCGACCGAGUCCGAACCAGGUCGUGCGCAUGCUGCCGCCGUACGCGUACAGCGAGUCGGUCUCGUCCGUCGCCUCGGUCCUCGCCCAUACCUCGACGAACAAAAUCCGGUGCCCGGUGAAUGUCGUGCGCUGGCUCCCGGACGGCCGGCGGCUGCUCACCGGCUCGACCAGUGGCGAGUUUACGCUAUGGAACGGGCUCACGUUCAACUUUGAGACCAUCCUCCAGGCGCACGACUCGGCGGUCCGCGCGAUGGAGUGGUCGCACUCGGGCGUGUGGCUCAUCUCGGCGGACCAAAACGGGCAGAUCAAGUACUUUCAGCACAAUAUGAACAACGUACAGGCGUUUACAGGGCACCGCGAUGCGGUGCGUGGCCUCUCCUUUUCGCCGGACGACGGUCGGUUUGUGAGCGCGAGCGACGACAGCACGCUCAAGAUCUGGAGCUUUGACGAAGCCCAGGAAGAGUCCACGCUCAAGGGGCACGGCUGGGAGGUCAAGUGCGUCGACUGGCACCCGACGCAGUCGCUGCUCGUGUCGGGCAGCAAGGACAACCUCGUCAAGUUCUGGGACCCGCGCUCGGGCAUGGAGCUCGGGACGUACCACGGCCACAAGAACACCGUACAGGCGUGCCAGUGGAGCCCAGACGGGAAUCUCGUGGCGACCGCGUCGCGCGACCAGUCGAUUCGGCUGUACGACGUACGUGCGAUGCAGGAGCUCUACGUCCUCAAAGGCCACAGCAAGGAGGUGUGCAGCCUCGCGUGGCACCCGGUGCACCACGACCUACUCGUGUCCGGCGGCUCGGAAGGCGCAAUGCUGCACUGGUCACUCAACGCGCCGAAUCCCACCGCGCCAGUGCACGUCAUGGAAGAGGCGCACGAGUCCAAUGUAUGGAGCCUCGAGUGGCAUCCGCUGGGGCACAUGCUUGCGAGCGGCAGCAACGACCACACCUCGCGGUUCUGGUCGCGCUCGCGCCCGGGCGAGCAGACGGAAGAGGAGCACAAGGGCGAGCAGGCCGACGAGCGGUGGGGCGCCGAGGAAUGGGGCGACGACGUGAUCCCGGGCCUCGCCGGGCGCGACGCCGCUCCGCAGGCGCAGGCUAUGGACGAUGCAAUCCCGGGACUGGGCGGCGCGGGCGCUGCGCAGUGGGCAAAAAACGCGCCGGCCCCACGCGGCGCACCCCGCCGCAACGACCGCGACCGCUGGCGCUCGAACGGCGGCUGGUACUACACGGCAGCGGACAAGGCCGAGGCGCAUGCGCCCCCGGAAGACCUCCUGAAGCAUGUGCGCCGGCGGCGGCGCAUUGCGGCGGCGCUGAGCCGCGUCGCGCCCACGCUGCGGGCGAUCCUUCUUGCUGGGGCACUGGUCCUCCUGGCCUUGCUGGCGGUGCCCUCCUCGCCCUUUUCUCGGUCGGUGUACGUGGACGAAAACGCGCUGCAGCCCGGGCAGGAGCAGACGACGUGGGACUGGCACGACGUGCACUAUGCGGACAAUAUCUCAAGCGCGCUCGAGGAAUAUGCGCGUGCGAACGACACUGCCGGGCGCCUCGCGUACCUGCGCACGGAGCUCGAAGGGAUGGGCCUCGAGGUGCACGAGCAGCGCUACGUCUUUGCCGUGCCGAACGGCCCGCCGGUGAGUGGCACGAACCUAUAUGCGCGCUCGUACACGCCCCGCAUCGACGGGCGCGAGGCUAUGGUGCUCUCCGCGAGCUGGCUGAGCCGCUGGAAGGAGGCACACACGCCGCACGCCGGCCUUCCCUAUACGCCGCCCGGCAGCGCGCGUGCGGUGAAUGUGCGCGGGGCCGCGAGUGUCCUCGCGCUCGCGCGGCGCCUCACGAUGGUGCCCCACUGGAGCAAGGACCUGAUUGUCGUGUUUAGCGACGGAUACCUCGACGGCAUGCAAGCGUGGGCGACGUCGUACUUUGGCAAGCCGCAGGCUGGGCUCGUUGCGGACGAGGUGCGCGGCGCCGGCGCCCAGAUCUGGAACGCGCUCGCGCUCGACUACCCCUCCGACUCCUACUCGUCGCUCUCCCUCUUGCACGAAGGGCGCGACGGGCAGCUGCCGAACCUCGACACGCUCAACACGGUCGUCGAGAUCGUGACGCGGAUGCAGUUCAAGGCGAUGCUUGGCCUGCACGGCGCGACGUACGAGGACGUCGAGUACGACAUUCCGCACCUCGAUGCGCUUGUGGCUCGUGGCGUGCCGCGCGCGCCGCUCGAGUGGUUCGAGGCGGCGACGGACCGCGACGCGGUGCACGGCUUCCUCGCGGGGUGGCGUGCGCUCUCUGCGCAGUGGCGCCUGCAGCUUGCGGGCCACCCCAGCGGCGUGCACGGCGUUCUGCUCCCGUUCCACGUCGACGCACUCACGCUCUUUGCCGAGCCUGCGCCGGGCCCCAGCGGAUUCUACGAGAUGGGCAAGGUGGUCGAGUCGACGCUGCGUGCGUUCUCGAACCUGCACGAGCGUCUGCACCACUCGCAGUUCUUCUACCUGCUCCUCUCGCCCCACCGCUUUGUGCAGAUCGGCACCUACCUCUUUGUGCCGCUGCUCAUCGGCGCCGUGCUCACGCUCACCGGCCUUGCGCUCUGGAACGCGCUCGGGCAGCGCCGCGACCGCCUGCGUGGCGUACUUGCGGAGCGCGUCGCGCCCAAGACGAGCGCGCUCCUCCUCGAGCGCCCGGCGUACGACGAACUCGCUCGCCGCAUGGCCGGCGCGUCCCAGGCCGAGCGCAACAUUGCGCUCGGCGCGUACGACGCGCUCGCCCGCCCCGUGUGGCCGACACUCGUGUGCAUGGCUGCCGCGCAUGCCGGCGGCCUCGCGUGCCUCGCGCUGACGGUGCGUGCGCCGCUCGACUGCACCGCACAUGGCCUCAAUUCGUGCACGACGCUGGGUCUCUUGGCCGCUCUCGCCGCGGCGCUUCCCCUGGCGACUGCGCUCGGCGUGCGGUGCGCCGGCCUGGAUGCCGUGCCGCUCGCGAUGUGCCUGCACGCGUUUGCGAUGCUGCACGCCGGCAUGGUCAUUAGCGUCGUGAGCACGCUCAACUUUAGCCAGGCCACGACCAUGGCGCUGCUCCUCGCCUUUGCGCUCUAUCCCAUGGUGCCGCCUUGGGGCAUGCGCGCAAACGUGCCCAUGAAGAAGGGCGCAGGCCGCGCCGCGCUCUACCUACUCAGGAUGCUCGCAUUUGUCGUCGUGAGCCCUGCGGUGCUGGCCGGGCUUGCGCAGUGGAUUCCGCUCCUGGCGCCCGCCUCGUUCACGAUGCAGUACCUCGCCGCGCAGAUCCCUGUCGCGAUCGACCUUGCGGUAUGGGACUACCACGUCCUGCGCACGUCGACGCUCCCCUUCUUCUUUGUAGGCUACCUCCCGGUGGUGCUCGAAGGCGCCACGGCCGCCGCGCUCGCUGCGCGUGCGUCGUUCUCAUCGAUCGAUCCUGCAGACAUUGCGCACUUUAGCCGGCUCUCGGAGCACUGGUGGGACGAGGAGGGCGAGUUCAAGCCGCUGCACAAGAUGAACCGCGUGCGCAUCGAAUUCAUGCGCCAGAAGCUCGAGGAGAUGCACGGCUGGGACGCGGCGAUGGCCGACGUGCUGGGAGAGGCGGCGCCUGCGCCACUGUCUCCUGCCUUUUUGCACGGGCGCACGAUGCUCGACGUCGGCUGCGGCGGCGGUAUCCUUGCCGAGAGCGCCGCGCGCCUCGGCGCGAGCGUGACUGGCGUCGACGCCUCGCCGGAGAACAUCCAGGUGGCGUCGCUGCAUGCCGCCGAGGACCCCGCGCUGUCGCUGCGUGCGGAUGCGGCGGCCGUCCAGGACCGCUCGUUGGCCUAUGUCCACGCUACUGCCGAGGCACUCCGCGACGAGGGGCGACAGUACGACCUCGUCACCGCGAUGGAGGUCGUCGAGCAUGUGAACCAGCCUGCGGAGUUUCUGCGGUGCCUUGCGGACCUCGUGCGGCCGGGCGGCGCACUGUUCAUGUCGACCAUGUCGCGCACGGCCCUGUCGUACUUUUUGACCAUCUUUCUGGCGGAGGACGUGCUACGUGUCGUCUCGCGCGGCACGCACCGCCACGCGCAGUACAUCAACCCAGAGGAGAUGGUCGGCUUUUUCCAAGAGCUCGGCUGGAUCCGGCCCGAGCGUGAGCGGCCGAGCGGCCGUCCGACGCUGGCGGACGGCGCGCCGGUCGCUCCGCUGCCGCUGCGCCUGCAGUACGAGACGCGGGGCACGAUGUACAUCCCCGUGCUGGAAAAAUGGAUCCUUGCCUCGCCGUCGGUCGCCGAUGCGGCGGCGACUGCGCGGCCGGUAACGGGCGUGCUUCCGUCGGUGCUUGGAGGCACGCAGCGUGCGACCGAGCAGUGCAACUAUUUCUUUUAUGUGCGCCGGCCGAUGUAG